AUGAAUAGAGCUCUCUAUUCAAUACAGCUCCAACAACAUUGGCAUAGGCUGUAUUGGGUUAGACCAACAUGGCCAUCAGGUGGUCCAUCAUUCAAUCAAUCAAGACAACGAAGAAGCUUCACAUCUACUCCACUGUCCCUAUCGCCAUCAUCAAUAGAGAACACAAAGAGAUCAAUAACAUUCAAUCGAAACAACAACAACAACAACAAUAACAAGACUAAUAUUGAUAAUGAUCAACAUGAUGAUGGUGAUCACUUUGAUAAACGUGAUGUUGAACUGAAGAAGAACAUCACGAGAUCCAACAACAACAACAUAAGCUCGACACCAUCGAGUAAACUCGAACUCAACAUACAGGACUACAUCACUCACGAGAGUGAUCCCAACAAGAUCAUCACCUUUUUGAAGUCAUCACUAUUCAAUCAAGAUAACUAUAAUAGAGAUGUUGAUGAUGCCAAGAGAAUGAAUAUAAUCAAAUAUAUGGCCAGGACAUGUCCACAAAAGAUGACGAUAGAUGUGAUCAACUUGUAUCUGAAACAUUACUCUUCGUACACGAUAGACUCUACAUUCUUGGAGGUGUACAAUAUGAUUGAUCAACUGGGUCUGGAUGCUAAUGGCGACACAUUCCGAUCGUGUCUGACAAUGUAUCUCAAUGGCAACAUGUAUCUGGCGUUGGGCAAACUGCGACGCGUCGAUAUUAUACACUUCAUCGUCGUAUCGAUCAUUGACAGCCCGUCCACGACCAAGACGGCACUGGCCGACCUGUCCAGCUCGCUGGGCAUGGCGGCGCCGGCCAUCAUGGCCAACCUCAUCCUGCUCAGCCAGCUGAGCGUACGCGCAGAUGUCGCCCGCUUCCUCGAGAUGGCCGUGCUCAAGAACUUCAACGAGGACCUGAUAGGCCUCACGACAAACUACCUCAUUUCGUUCUUCCUGCGGCUAGACACGUAUCAUGUGGCGCUCAAGAUCUACCUCAACACAAACAACCAAGCGCCCUCGAUCAAGAAGGUGCGCUUCUUCUUCCACCACGACCUCAAGCACUACAUCCACAACGAGUCGAAUGCUCACCGCGACACGCAGCUGCGCGCCAGACGCCACCUGCUCUGCAUCAACUACUGGACAGACAUGGCGAUUCGCCUGCGCCAGAGCUCAUCGCUCAUGCGCCAUUUUGAAAACCCGAUCGAGAGCGAUCUGCUUCAGGCUGCAGUGCGACGCAAGACAACCAACCGCCAGAUGCGCUCGGUCUUUGGCGACAUGCAACCCGAGGACAUGAAGCUGCAGUCACUUAUCGAUACGUGGACACCUGGCACAGAUGACACAUACGACAAUGCGAGACAUGUAAUCAGCCACCUAUGCAUAUACAACUUUGAGAACAACCGGCUGCCAUUUGGCGAUCUCAUCAUACAGGCCGCGCAAGUUAUCCAGUGCUCGUUGUCGACCGUUGAGUACUUUGAGACGUUCCUGCCGCUGGUGCCAAGCCCCCUGCUGGGCAUCUUCCUCACGUCGGCCGUGAUAAGUCGUCCCCUUCAGGAGAACUUACAGUUGACGAUUAAUCACCUACUGCCGCCCGAAGCGCUGCAGCAGUUCUCCUACUCACCUGUCGUGUGGAACGACAUGAUCGUAGGCGCACUGCACGCACAUCACUUUGAUCUGGCCAAAGACCUGCUGCACUCGCUGUUGGAGAACGAGCUGCAGUGGCUGCUGCCCCAGACACUGGCCCUCUUCAUCGACUAUCUGCUGGAACGACGAUUGGAUCCAACAUUCAUCAUUGAGUGCAUCAAGCAGCGCUCCAACACGAGCGUGGAGCCCGAGCUCUUUGCCCAGAUGCUCUUCAAUUGUCAACUCCACUCGUUCAUGUGUAAUGGCGACCUGGGUGGUGCAAUGGACCAUCUUCACAACAAUGACCAGGAUCAACAAUCAGUGCGCAACGAGAUCACAUAUCGACUGGCUGCAUCAUUGUAUAUUCUUCUGCAACAACAAGAGCAUCACUUGGCACUGCAACAGGCCCAAGAUUUGAGCGACCUGCAAGUGUUGGUGCCACCAAAGACACAAUUGACCUUUGAGAUGUUCCAACAAAAGGUGCUGCCCCUGAUGGGCCUGGAGUUCUCCCAUGAGGUGGACCAACAUUUGUACGCAAUCAUCUUGGAGGAGUUCAGGUUGGAGGGCCUGCUGAACAACCAAUUCGCGCUGGACUAUGUCAACAGUGCCGAGGACCUGAUCGACAGACAAGCAAUCAACCAGGACCUGCUAAAGCUACUGAUGGGUCUACUGACUGCACGCGAGAGAGUUGUAUUAUUUAUCAAAUGUUCGAUCAAUGACAACAAUAUGUUCAGUGAUGACGUUUUGGCAAUGGUCGAGCAGGCCAACAGCAAAACAGUGAAGAGCCCAGAGGUGGAAGAGACUCUUGUCAAGCUGCGACAGAGGAGAACACAAUCAGCUGAUCAGGUCAGGUCGCAACAGCAUGGCGCCAGUGUCAACAGCCACAACUUUAGCUUCCAACCUAUUCAGCAACGUUUGAUGAGCAUCGAGGAGAUCAAGAACAUCGACCUGGCUUCAGCCUCCACCAGCAUUGACCGACUGGCUACCAGAUCACAUCCCACUUGCAGCAUUAGUCAAUCUACAAUAUCCAUCAUCCGGUCCAAUUUCAUCGAAGUAGGCCCAACAACUUAA